CCAAACCACAUCUAGAUUACCUUGAAACUGAAAGUUCAUUACCCAGAAUUACUGAAAAAUCAGCAGCAUAAUUUCAUUGUGAAGAACACAGGUUGAACUCUGCAUGAGAAGAGCUCCACUCCAGAAAUCCUGCGAGGGCUGGAAGAUCACAGCGUGGCUGAAAACAAAAGGGAGUUAACAAGAUGUGACCGGCCGAUGGACAGAACAAUAGGCGAAGCCCUGCACGCAGCCUAGAGCCAGGUGUGCCCAUGCCCAGGUGCCAUGCGGCUGGCGGUGACUCUGCUGUGCUGCUGGGCGCUGGCGGGGCUGCCCCGGGCCGCCGGCUCCUGCCCCUCGCAGUGCAGCUGCGCCUUCCACAGCCUCGGCGACGGCACCAAGGCCAGGACAGUGCUGUGUAAUGACCCAGAGAUGACCCUCCCUCCUGUGAACAUCCCUGUUGAUACAAGCAAGCUUCGGAUAGAAAAGACAGCCAUCCGCAGGGUGCCAGGAGAGGCUUUCCACCUGCUCCACAACCUGGAGUACCUCUGGAUGCCCUACAACUCCCUGGGCAGCCUCAGCAGCAUCACCUUCAAGGGCCUUCGUCGUCUGCAGGAGCUGAGGCUGGAUGGGAACAACCUGAUCUCAUUCCCCUGGGAGAGCCUGGCUGGCAUGCCCCAGCUGAGGCUCCUGGAUUUGCACAACAACGAACUCACCUCAGUCCCCCCAGAUGCUGCUCGUUAUGUCAGGAACAUCACAUACCUGGAUCUGUCCAGCAAUAAGCUGAUGACUCUUCCUCAGGCUCUCAUUGCCACCUGGGCCAACCUCCAGGCUGUUCCCUACUUCCCCAAUGAUAACUCCAAGAUCAUCCUAGGCUUGCAAGACAAUCCUUGGGUGUGUGACUGCAGUCUGUACGAAAUGGUGCAUUUCCUAAAUUUCCAGUCUCCUAACAUCGCCUUCAUUGAGCCCAGGCUGAAAUGCUUCACCCCCAGGAGCCUUGCAGGAGUCUUCUUCAGCCAGGUGGAGCUGAGGAAGUGCCAGAGCCCCGUGGUGCACACGUCUGUGGCCAAGGUGAAGACCAUCCUGGGCAGCACGGUGCUGCUGCGCUGCGGCACCACGGGCGUGCCCAUCCCCGAGCUCAGCUGGAGGAGAGCUGAUGGGGCUCAGCUGAAUGGCACAGUUCACCAAGAGAUUUCCAGUGAUGGGAUGAGCUGGUCUAUCCUGGGCCUGCCUGUAGUCUCUUACCUUGACUCCGGAGAGUACAUCUGUAAAGCAAAGAAUUUCCUGGGGGCAACAGAGGCCUUCAUCUCGCUCAUCAUCACAGACUCAGAAGGCACGGAUGACCCUAACUCUAGUGCCAAAGGCACGUGGAAUGGCAAGGCCAGCGGGAUGGAGGCAGCUGCCUACAAUGACAAACUGGUGGCCAGGUACGUUAUCACCACCUCCACCGUGCCCACGCUGGGGGCUGGGGCGGGCACCAGAGACAGCGUCCUCAUCCCGGACACGGCUCAGGACAGCAACCCCCAGAACCUGCUGGUGAGCCCCACCACGGGCCAGCAGGAGCCAGAGAGGAUGGUGAGGUCUGUCAGGGUCAUAGGGGACACCGACCAGAGCAUCACCCUGGCCUGGAAGGCGCCCAUGGCAAAGAACACCACGGUGUUCAGCGUCCUUUACGCCGUCUUUGGGGAGAGGGACAUGCGGCGGAUCAAUGUGGAGCCAGGCAAGACCAAGGUCACUCUGUACGGGCUGCUGCCAAAGACCAAGUACAUCGUGUGCGUCUGUGUGAAAGGGCUGAUCCCCAGGAAGGAGCAGUGCAUCAUAUUUUCCACAGACGAAGUAGUCAGUGCAGGAGGGACGCAGAAGCUCAUCAAUGUGGUGGUCAUCAGCGUGGCCUGUGUCAUUGCUGUUCCUCUGACCCUGGUGGUCUGCUGCGGAGCCCUGAAACGGCGCUGCAAGAAAUGCUUUGUGCGCAAGCCCAAGGACGCGCAGGAAUCGUACGUCACCUUCGAGAGCCUGUCCCCCGGGGCCAAGGCCAAGGGCGUGGAGGGAGAGUACCUGACCAGGCACACCCCUGACGAGUCCAACAGGCUGCUCUCCGCCCGCUCCAGCGUGGACUCGGAAGCCAUACCAAAGAUAGAGGGACAGCCCAAUGAGUACUUCUGCUGACAGUACCUAGGCUGGCUGUCAGCUCGCCCAGGGGCAAGUGGGUGGCUGUUCUGUGACUCUGCUCCAGCACUGCACGCCACCCUGUCCAUGCUUCUGUCUCUGACACGUUCUGGAAGAGCAUGCAAGAAGACAGACAGUGCCCAAGCUUUACAGAAACAUGUUGCUCACACCACUUGGGGUUGGCUUCUUUGUACACAGUCAAAAGCUUCUCCGAUAAUGGCCUCGUUGUCCUGGACCACCUUUUUUUAGUUUUUUUUUUUCUUUUUCCUGUCAAAUGAAGUGUGCACACUAAGUGUAAGGACAUUAAGAAACAUUUCUGAGUGUGCUCUGCUUGGUAUUGUUUAGGACCUGCUCUGCAGUAUGCUACGUAUUUUAUUCUCAGCUCUUUUGAUGUUCUUUUCAUUGACAAGCCAAAGGAUCAUUUAGUAAUUUUAAUAAAAACUUAAGAAGGUGAAGAUUGAGAGUCUCACCUUUUACAUCCCCCAUGUUUGCAUGAAACAUGCAGCUUGAUGCUUAAUAGAUCACUAAAUAGAGAUGUACAGCAACGCUUUCUAAUAUGUCCAACAUAAUUACAACUCUAUGCUCUGAAUUCAGAGAAACGUGCAAAGGAGAUAGAAAUGAAGAGACAAAACCCAAUCCACUCCAAAAACUGCAUAAUAGAGAGCAUUUGCUGAUUGCAUUUUGGGCCUAAACUCUGUUCUAAAGAUAAGGAACAAUAGCAAAGGUCUUUCAGUAUCAGUCCUAGCUGGCAUUUUAUGUCUGUAUUGUAAUUAGUAGAAUAUGUUUUAUACCAGGUGUGCUAGAUUACAAUCAUACAGCAGCCUACUUUGCACAUUGUGUGUGGUGGUGUAAUGCUUUGCAAUCAUACUGGAAAACCUACAUUAGACAGUAUUGCAAAAAUCUCCAGCUCUGUCACUGCUGCCUGUGCUCCUGGCAAAACUGAUGGUGAAGGCCCACAUGAUCAGCCAGGUAAUUGUGACCUGGUCAUGGAAAGAAGUUGCUCUGUGCAGAGCAGGAGAAAGUGAUGUGGUGCGAGACCACUGGCCAUGCACACAUCAGCCAUUCCUGACUAUGCUCUCAGUGGUAGCAGAGGCUCAGUGCAGUCUUUUUGGAUUUCAAACAUUGUACAAAUUCAAGGACCCUGAAAAAAACCUGUCUAAUAUCAAUCUAAAUGCACUUUCAUAGUCAGGGUGAACUGAUCAGUCAUUUAAGUUCUGCAGCUUCAUUGGAAUUUGAAUCUGAGUGCUUAUCACAAACUAAUUCCCAGAUGUGUAAUUUUCCACUCAAGUCCCUUAUGUAGUAAUACUGUAUGUAACAUUUUUCUCUUUGUAAUAAAUAUUAUUCAUGAAGAAAAUUAUGUAUGUUCUGCCAAAUGCUGAAUGGGAAAGAUCCAGCCAAGUUGAAAUGCUAAGGGAUAAAUCUUGCUGAAUUGUUCUGAAAUGUGUUUGUAAAUUUAUUGGAAGGACUUCCACUCACAUUCUGGAUGUGUAUGUACGGCAUGGCUUAACAAAAUUCACUGGCUGGAAUGGAGGCCCGGAUGGAUUUUGCUAGUCCUCCUUGUACAGAAGGGUUUCACUUAUGUUAGAUUACUUGGCCUGAUGGAAAAAGCAAGUCAUUUGAUCUCAACAUAAAUACCAGCAGCAGGGAUACACCACAGGAGUUUCUGAUGGGACUCCCUGUAUUCUUGCAUUAACGAUAAGGAACUUUUCUUGUAUUGGGAGAAUUUGUCAAUCCCUGUAUAAAAUAACUCAUGCUACUUCUAUCACUGGACUGUGCAGAUUUUUAGGUUUACAAGUAAAGUUUUGUAAAAUUAUAUAUUUUAAUGCAACAAAUUAACUGAUGAAAGAUGGUACGUAAUAGAUAUAUUCCCUAUUUAUAACAUUUAAUAAAAAGUUUUUAAGUUUUGUCUCAGCCUGAUUAUAUUAGUGAGGAAAAAAAUGUAGCAGUUUUUGUGCUGAGUUGCAAGGAUUGCUGUGUGUAAGCCUGGGUCCUGCCCACAUAUGCAGCAGGAGCACUGGGCUGUGCAGAACUCUCCCUACCAUGGCCCUGGAUGGGUAAGCUCCUGAAGAACCAAGGCUGUCCUGACGUUUCCCUGUGUUGAACAGAGUGCACCUACUGCCCAAGGGCUUUUCUGUAAGUCAGGAGCUGACUGGGAACCAGAAGAAUUCACUUUUCAGCUGACUGGAGACACGAGCUGGGCCAUUUGCUGCACCAGCCCUGGUGAGGAGCAGCCCUCCCCUGCUGGAGCCUUGGUCUGUGGGCUGGCUGUGGAGGAGGCACCAGCUGGGCCAGCACGGGCCCUCUCUGCUUGUGAUCCAUCGAGGGAUC